AGAAAUCUAAAAAUAAAAUUCCAGAUAAAAAAAUAAGAGAAUGCCACGAGAGGGAGGAAGUAGAAGAGGUAAAGGAGGUAAAUGGAAGAAAAAAUCAGGAAAAACUAAACACACUCUUACACAGGAAGACAUUGAAUAUCUAAAACAGAACACAAGAUACGAUGAACAGGAAAUCAAAGAGUGGUACAGAGGGUUCAAGCAAGAUUGUCCAGACGGUCAGCUAGGUAAGGAUAAGAUCCUGGAGAUGUACAGCAUGAUACUUCCUGCUGGAAACGCAAAGGUUUUUGUUGAUCAAAUAUUCAGAAUAUUUGAUAAAGAUGGAAACGGAAGUAUAGAUUUCAAGGAGUUUAUGAUGGCUACUGAUAUGACCGCCAGCGGUUCACCGGAGGAGAAGCUCCGCUGGGCGUUCAAGAUGUACGACAAGGAUGGAUCAGGAUCUAUUGAAUUAGCUGAGAUGAAGGAAAUUAUUGGAACUCUUUAUGAAAUGGAAGGAGUCUCUAAGGAAACUUCAAUAGAACGAGCAGAGAAAAUAUUUGGAUGUUUAGACAUUAAUGGAGACGGAGAAUUGAAUGAGGAGGAAUUUAUUCGAGGUUGUUUAGAAGAUGAUGACUUAAUUACUCUUUUAAAUGCAGGAGGUGUAGAACCCAAUGGCAAUGAGGAGGACUAGUGAUUAUUUUUGUAUUUUUUUGUAUGUUUGUUUGUAAUUCUGUUGAUUUAAUAAAUAUUUUGUUUGUGAUGUA